AUGUGUGUGGAAGUGGAUAUCACACAACCGCUCAUAUCUCGAUUCACCCUAGAAGAGAAGGUUUGGCUUGUUGCUUAUGAGGGGAUGCACUUGGUCUGUUUCUCAUGCGGACUUUACGGGCAUAGGCAAGACUGUUGUCCUACGGUGCCACAAAAGGAUCCAGAAGAGGCUGAUCAUGAGGGAAACGAACAGGGGCGGGAUUUGAUGGGUCAACAGUCAGCGCGUGCUCCGACUACAAUGGGGACCGGGGGUAUUACUGCUAGACCCUAUGGCCCUUGGAUGAUAGCCCAAAGAAGGGAGAGGCGACAGAAUGGGAAACCGGCGGGGCAAGGUCGACAAGUUGCGGCGGGAGGGUCAACAAGACAACUCGGGAGUACUGACGGAGGUUUGCGUGCUGGUGGUUCACGGUUUGCUCCCCUGGGGAAUGACAAUGGUUCCGCUGAUCAUGCUGAGGAGGAGCUACGAGCUGAUGCUGCUGGAGGGAAGGUUGUUAGUUCGACCAGAGUUUCCACCGAGAGAACUCCAAAGGAAAUUCCUGUAGAUUCUAUGACGCUAAUCCCGGAGCACCAUGGUGACCCUCCAGUGCGGCAUGAUGACGAGGGGGAUGUGGUGAUGGAAAUUGAGGAGCAGCAGGCGACUUCGUUGGCGGAGGCAGGGCUGGGUGGCCCUCCCGUUACGGAGGAGGGACAGGAGCCGUGGUUCUACUCGGUUGUUUAUGGUAGUCCUUCGCACCAUUUACGUAGGAGGCUUUGGGCGGAGCUUUCUCUUUCUAAGUUGGGUUUCGCAGGGCCUUGGAUGUUGGCGGUUGAUUUCAAUGCGGUUGUUUGCCAAGAGGAAACUUCGAAUUAUAGCUCGUUGACUGUGCAACGAAGCUCGGAUUUUGUGAGCUGGAUUCAUGAUGAAGGUCUUAUUGAUUUGGGGUUUAGUGGACCGAGGCUGACUUGGAUUAAAGGGAAUUCUUCUGUGACUGCUAAGGGUGCCCGUUUGGAUAGGGCUCUGUGUAAUAUUGAAUGGCGCCAACGUUUUCCCAAUGCUAGUGUCGUUCAUCUCCCGAGAAUUUCGUCCGACCAUGCUCCUAUUUUGAUUCGGAGGGAGGACGUGAUUUCUAACCGGGUCAGACCUUCCUUUAAGUUUCAAGCGACAUGGUUUACCGACAAAGGUUUUUCUGAAGUGGUGGAGAACACGUGGCGGAGAAAUUGCUCUCUCCAUUACAACAUCACCAGGAUGACGGCUACUUUAGAUCGCUGGAACAGAGACAUUUUCGGCAACAUUCUUCGUCGGAAAAGGUCCUUGCUAGCACGUUUGCAUGGGGUGCAACGUCGUAUUGCCUCUGGUUUUCACGCUGGUCUUUCGGAACUGGAGAAAAAGUUGGCGGAGAAAUAUCAUGAGGUCCUCUACCAGGAGGAACUCCUUUGGUUCCAACGAUCCCGGGAGGAGUGGAUUGUUUCCGGAGACCGGAACACUGCUUAUUAUCAUGCUGUGACUACUAUCCAGAAUUCCCAAAAUUCGAUCGCGAGCUUGCGCGAUGGAACAGGGGACUGGAUUAUGGAUGGGAAUAAUCUUAAGGACCAUGUCCGCAACUUCUAUAUGACUUUGUUCGCUGCGGAGGCGAGUGUUUAUCCAUAUCACCGUUUAGAUGGCGCCUACCCACGUCUUAUACCGGAGGAGUGGAGUGAUUUUAACAAAGAUGUUUCUAUGGCAGAAGUUCACAAUGCUCUUACGAGCAUGGCACCGUUUAAGGCCCCUGGGCCCGAUGGCUUCCAUGCGGCGUUCUAUUAG